UAACGCCGCCCGGCUCCUGCGCCUUCCCGCGGCAGCGCUCCGGGGGCCGGGAGGGGGGCCGCAAGAAAGGAGAAGAGAGGAAAAAAAAAUUAAAAGAGGGAAAAGGAGGAAAAAGGAGGAGAAGAAGCGGAGGCGGGGAAAGCUGCUCCUCCGAGGACAGCGCGCAGCACCAUGCAGCUGGCGCCGCUGGCGCUGGCACUCACCACGCUCUUCAUCGACGGCUGGAGGACGGCAGCGAGGAGGCAGAAGCUGCACCCCAGGCAAGCCCAGCUGCUGGAGAAGCUCAGCGAGUACGAGAUCGUGACUCCUACCCGAGUGAAUGAGUUCGGUGAGCCCUUCCCCACCGAUGUCCACUUCAGGCGGCGCCGGCGGAGCACCAGUGCUGCCCCCGACGCCUGGACGGCGGCCGCCGCCGGCUCCCCGAAGGCACACUACAGGCUGUCCGCCUUCGGGCAGCAGUUCCUCUUCAACCUGACGGCCAGCUCGGCCUUCAUCGCCCCGCUCUUCACCGUCAGCCUUCUGGGAGAGCCCGCCGCAGACCAACGGCGCCUCUACGCCGAGGCGGCCGACGCCGAUGUGAAGCACUGCUUCUACCGGGGGCACGUCAACGCCCGCCCUCGGCUCACCGCCGUUAUCAGCCUCUGCUCCGGGAUGCUAGGCACAUUCAAGUCUGAUGAUGGGGACUAUUUUGUAGAGCCACUCCUAUCACUUGAGGAGCAGGAGUAUGAAGAAGAGCACAAUAAACCACAUCUUGUCUACCGACACCGGACACCUCCCACCAACUCUUCAGGGGACUGGCAGACUUGCAAUACUCCAGAUCAUGACCACAGUCACAAAAAGAACAAACGGAAACACUGGAGAAGGCAGUGGGCAGAGAGCAGCAUAUUGUCUGACAUGGAGAUGUUGAAACACAGCCUGGAAGUGAAUUCUUUUUCUGGGGACAGCAACAAGACGGGGACCAUUGGUGAAAGGAAGAGCCACAAGCGGACGAAGCGCUUCUUGUCCUACCCACGUUUUGUGGAGGUGAUGGUGGUGGCUGACAGCAGGAUGGUCGCCUACCACGGAGCCAACCUACAGCACUAUGUCUUAACCCUGAUGUCAAUAGUGGCUUCUAUCUACAAAGACCCAAGCAUUGGAAAUUUAAUCAACAUUGUUAUUGUGAAAUUGGUCGUGAUACAUAAUGAGCAGGAUGGCCCUGCAAUAUCUUACAAUGCCCAGACAACGUUAAAAAACUUCUGCCAAUGGCAGCAGUCCCAAAACCACCCAGAGGGAAGUCACCUUCGGCAUGAUACAGCCGUGCUUGUUACCAGACAGGAUAUUUGUAGAGCGCACGACAAAUGUGAUACUCUGGGUCUGGCAGAGCUGGGCACAGUCUGUGACCCAUACAGGAGCUGUUCAAUUAGUGAAGAUAACGGACUGAGCACUGCUUUCACAAUAGCACAUGAACUUGGCCAUGUAUUUAACAUGCCACAUGAUGACAAUCACAAGUGCAAGGAAGAUGGAGGUAAAAACCAGCAGCAUGUCAUGGCACCAACACUGAACUUCUACACCAAUCCCUGGAUGUGGUCAAAGUGCAGUAGGAAAUACAUCACUGAAUUUCUGGACACUGGUUAUGGGGAGUGUUUGCUUGAUGAACCUUCAUCAAGAACUUACACAUUGCCUCAGCAGCUCCCAGGGCUGAUUUAUGACGUCAACAAACAAUGUGAGUUAAUUUUUGGACCCGGAUCCCAAGUGUGCCCCUAUAUGCAGAUGCAGUGUCGGCGACUUUGGUGUAUCAACGUCGAUGGUGCUCACAAGGGAUGUCGAACCCAGCACACACCUUGGGCUGAUGGGACAGAAUGUGAGCCUGGAAAGCACUGCAGGUUUGGGAUGUGUGUGCCCAAGGAGCGAGAGGCGCCGGUGACAGACGGAGCCUGGGGCACCUGGAGCCCCUUUGGGACCUGCUCAAGGACCUGCGGCGGCGGCAUAAAGACGGCGAUCCGAGAGUGCAACAGGCCCGAACCCAAAAACGGUGGGAAAUACUGCGUGGGUCGUCGCAUGAAGUUUAAAUCCUGCAACACAGAACCGUGCUCGAAGCUGAAGAAGGAUUUCCGGGACGAGCAGUGCGCCGACUUUGAUGGGAAACACUUCAACAUCAACGGGCUGCCCACGAACGUGCGCUGGGUUCCCAAAUACAGCGGCAUCCUGAUGAAGGAUCGGUGCAAGCUCUUCUGCCGGGUGGCGGGGAACACGGCCUACUACCAGCUGCGGGACCGUGUCAUCGACGGGACGCCCUGCGGCCCCGACACCAACGACAUCUGCGUGCAGGGUCUCUGCCGGCAAGCUGGAUGUGAUCAUGUGCUGAAUUCAAAAGCAAGAAGAGAUAAAUGUGGUGUUUGUGGUGGGGAUAAUUCUUCAUGCAAAACUGUUGCAGGCACAUUUAACACGGUGCAUUAUGGUUAUAACGUCGUGGUUCGCAUCCCAGCUGGUGCCACUAAUAUUGAUGUGCGUCAGCACAGUUACUCAGGGAAACCAGAGGAUGACAACUACCUGGCCUUAUCUAACAGUCAAGGAGACUUUAUAUUAAAUGGAGACUUUGUCGUCAGUAUGUUUAAAAGGGAAAUCAAAGUUGGGAAUGCUGUGAUCGAAUACAGUGGCUCCGAUAAUACUGUUGAAAGGAUUAAUUCUACAGAUCGGAUUGAGCAAGAAAUAACGCUUCAGGUUCUAUCAGUGGGCAAUUUGUACAAUCCUGACGUUCGUUACACAUUCAAUAUCCCUAUUGAGGACAAACCUCAGCAGUUUUACUGGAAUGAGCAUGGCCCAUGGCAGCCCUGCAGUAAGCUCUGCCAAGGAGAACGAAAAAGGAAGCCUGUGUGUAAGAGAGAGUCAGAUCAGCUCACGGUGUCAGAUCAGCGAUGCGAUCGAAUUCCCCAGCCUGAGCCCAGCACUGAGCCUUGUAACACAGAAUGUGAAUUAAGGUGGCACAUCGCGAGGAAGAGCGAGUGCACGGCGCAGUGCGGGCUGGGCUACCGCACCCUGGAGAUCUACUGCUCCAAGUACAGCCGGCUGGAGGGCAAGAUAGAGAAGGUGGACGACCGCUUCUGCAACAGCCAGACCAAGCCCAGCACGAGGGAGAAGUGCACUGGAGACUGCAAUGUGGGAGGAUGGCGCUACUCGGCCUGGACUGAGUGCUCCAAGAGCUGCGGCGGGGGCACGCGGCGGCGGCGAGCCAUGUGUGUGAGCACCUACAAUGACGUGCUGGACGACAGCAAGUGCAGCCAGCAGGAGAAGCUGACGGUGCAGAGAUGCAGUGACUUCUCAUGCCCACAGUGGAAAACUGGCGACUGGUCUGAGUGCUUGGUCACCUGUGGAAAAGGGCACAAGCACCGCCAGACGUGGUGCCAGUUUGGAGAAGAUCGAUUGAACGACAGGUUUUGCGACCCCAAGACGAAGCCGGAGUCGGUGCAGAUGUGCCAGCAGCAGGAGUGUGCCUCGUGGCAAGUGGGGCCGUGGGGACAGUGCACUGUGACUUGUGGCCAAGGCUACCAGAUGAGAGCAGUGAAGUGUGUUGUGGGCACCUACGUGUCAGUGGUGGAUGAUAACGAGUGUAAUGCUGCAACCAGGCCUACAGAUACCCAGGACUGUGAAAUAGCUGUAUGUCCUUCCCAUCCAAAUAGUCCUGAAGCCAAGAGAGCCAUAUCAGGCAUUCAGAGAACACAGUGGAGAUUUGGAUCCUGGACACCGUGCUCCGCAACAUGUGGAAAGGGAACGCGGAUGAGAUACGUCAGCUGCCGGGAUGACCAGGGCUCCGUGGCUGAUGAGUCAGCUUGCUUCCACCUUCCAAAGCCAUCAGCCACAGAAAUGUGCACCGUGACACCGUGCGGGCAGUGGAAGGCCUUGGAGUGGAGCUCUUGCUCGGUGACCUGUGGUCAAGGUAAGGCAACGCGACAAGUGAUCUGCGUCAAUUACAGUGACCAGCUGGUGGAUAGGAGCGAGUGUGACCCAGACGACCUCCCUGCCACCGAGCAAGAGUGCUCCAUGUCUCCUUGUCAUCCAAACAGCCAUGACUACGGCAGGCCCAUCCCCCCUUUCCUCUAUCCGGAUCAUCGCCUCAAGCCGCACCCUGGGGGCAGCCCAAACCGAAACCGUGCACAUAUACCAGGAGGCAACCAGUGGAGGAUUGGCCCCUGGGGUGCUUGCUCUAGCACAUGUGCAGGCGGGUUCCAGCGGCGGGUUGUGGUGUGCCAGGAUGAAAACGGAUACACUGCAAAUAACUGCGAUGAGAAAAGCAAACCCAUGGAGCAGAGAUCCUGCGAAUCUGGCCCCUGCCCUCAGUGGGCCUAUGGCAACUGGGGAGAGUGCACAAAGCCAUGUGGAGGAGGGACAAGAACACGGCUGGUGGUGUGCCAGCGCCCAAAUGGAGAAAGAUUUACAGAUCUGAGCUGUGAAAUCCUUGACAAGCCACCAGACAGAGAGCAGUGCAAUGUGCAGGACUGUCCUAGAGAUGCUGCCUGGAGUGCUGGUCCUUGGAGCUCGUGUUCUGUCUCCUGUGGAAGGGGCCAAAAGCACCGCAGUGUGUACUGUUUGUCAAAGGAAGGGAGGCAUGUAGAAGAAGAGAAUUGUAAACACCUUGCUAAACCCAACGUGCAAAAGAAAUGCAGAGGGGGCAGAUGUCCGAAGUGGAAAGCAGGAGAUUGGGGCCAGUGCUCGGUGUCCUGCGGCCGGGGCGUCCAGCGCCGCUCCGUGCAGUGCCACAGCAGCAGCAGCAGCAGCAGCCCCAAGGAGGCCGAGUGUGACCCGGCCAGCCAGCCCCCUCCUCAGCGGGACUGUCACCUCCCCCCGUGCCCCACGCACCGCUGGGCGGCCGGGGAGUGGCAGGCGUGCACGAAGACGUGCGGGGAGGCGUCGCGGUUCCGCGAGGUGUUCUGUGUGGAUGAGGAGGAGCAGCCGCAGAGCAGCGGCCGCUGCGAGGCCAGCGAGCGCCCGCCCGAGGUGCAGAGCUGCGCGCUGCCCCCCUGCGAGUACAUCUGGAUCACGGGAGAGUGGUCAGAGUGCUCCGUCACGUGUGGGAAGGGAUACAGGCAGCGCCUGGUGUCCUGCAGUGAGAUCUACACCGGGAAGGACCACUAUGAGUAUGGCUACCAGAACAUGGUCAACUGUCCUGGCACACAGCCCCCCAACAUCCAGCCCUGCUACCUCGGAGAGUGCCCCAUCUCGGCCUCCUGGCGCGUCGGCAACUGGGGAAGCUGCUCUGUCACCUGUGGAGUUGGGGUCAUGCACCGCUCAGUGCAGUGUUUGACCAAUGACGACCAGGUCAGCAGCUUGUGCCACGUGGACCUGAAACCUGAAGAAAGGAGGACAUGUCACAAUGUCCAUGACUGUGACUUACCAAGGAGUUGCAAAGAUGUUAAAAAUCUUGAAGGUGUCACUGAAGAUGGUGAAUAUUUCCUGCAAGUCAAAGGAAAGACAUUAAAGGUGUAUUGCUCUGGGAUGCAGACUGACAGCCCGAAGGAGUAUGUGACCCUAGUAAAUGGGGAUGCAGAGAAUUUUUCAGAGGUGUAUGGAUACAGAUUGCAUAACCCGACCGAGUGUCCGUAUAACGGGAGCAGACGAGAAGACUGCCAGUGUAGGAAAGAUUACACAGCAGCUGGGUUUUCCACCUUCAGCAAAGUAAGGCUGGACCUGAACACUAUGCAAAUAAUAACAACUGAUUUACAGUUUGCACAGACACAUGAUGGACGACCUGUUCCUUAUGCCACUGCUGGGGACUGCUACAGCGCUGCCAAAUGCCCGCAGGGUCGCUUCAGCAUAGACCUGUACGGGACAGGCCUGUCCCUGAUGGGAACAGCCAAGUGGCUCUCACAAGGGAAUUACGCUGUGUCAGAAAUUCAGAAAUCCCCAGAUGGUACCAAAGUAGUAGGAAGAUGUGGUGGUUACUGUGGGAAGUGCACUCCAUCAUCAGGAACAGGCCUCGACAUUCAGGUGUUAUAGCAGUGGUUCUCUGGGAGCAGCCAAUAGAGAUGAGAGAUGGAUGAAGGAUAGUGAUGCAAUACCUCUGCCUUCCACUUUUAUAUCUGUGUAUAUGUGUAUAUAGAUUGCAUAUUCCUAAUGUACAGUAUAAUAUUUAUGUUUGGGAUUAUUUAUUUUGAUUUAAUAUUUUUGUACGUAAAAUCAUUAUAUUAAGGCUGCUUUUACUAUUUUUAUUUUUUAUUGUUAAAUCCUGCAGUCAAACCACUGCAUUUUGCAUACUCUACAUUAUAUGUAGCAUUAUGACAAGUGAUACUUAAUUGUCACUGUAUUCAGUUGUUUACUUACAGUCAGUAAUUUUCCUUCAGUUAUGGGCUGCUUUGGCCCUCCACGGUGCUACACAAUCUGCAUAGGGGUAUUUUUGGCAUUUCAAUCUGUCUUUAUGCAAGGAAAUUAGACAAGAUGUGCUUAAAUUUUUAUUUUUAGGGAUUAGGCUGACAGCACUCAAGGAAAACAUGACAAUGAAUACUGUGCUAGUUGCAUUAGCAAUCUUUAUCUUUUAGGUAUGUUUUGAAUUUCACAUGACCUCUGUGGCCAGUGCUGAAACCACUGGUUUGGUGCUAACAUAAUAUUUAUUAAUGCUCUGUAGUUUUAGUUAAUCCAGUGCCUUUAUCAUUGAAGAAGGGGAUAAAGCAGAAAAAUUGUCAGGCAAUUCAAAUCAAUCAAGAUCUACCCCAGGUUUAGCAAAAUUCCUGCAGAUGGAUAUUCAGCUCAAUUUUAGGGUUCUGAAGUGAACUCACUUUUUUAAAAAAAUGUAUCUUUGUCUCCUAAUUGCAUGUGCCACUGUGCUUCCUGACUCCAUCUGGAAGCGGGGUAUUAACUCAUCCCAGACAGGCUGAUCAGGCCAUAUGUUUCCUUGGGCUGUGUUCUCACAAGAGAUGUAGUUUCUUACAGACUUUGUUACAAAAUCCUAGCGUGAGGACAAAAGCAUCUCUGUGGUGUUCCCUCCCCAUGGGGCUGGUGAGGACUGUGGGGACAGCACACCCAGGGAUGGGGACAGCACGCCCAGGAAUGGGGACAGCACACCCAGCCAAGCCACCCCUUCUCUUGGCCAGGGUACUCCCCUGCAGGCACUUGCAGCAUUUCCCCAGCUUCCUACUCACUCCCAGACCAUCUGCAAAGGGAGGCUUCGCUGCCUCCUUUCAGCGAGAUCACUCUGUACCUACAGAUGAUUCUGCCCCCCCUUCAAAAGCAAGCUGCUUUACGCCUACUCCUGUGUUGCUUCGGAUCUUCCUGGUAAGGCAUCUGUGCUCCUUGCCUCUCCUCAUUCCCAUGUACAGCCAGACAUUUGCUGUUGGCUUUUUUUUAAUCAAACGGAGGAGCCAUGUCCCUUAGGUGUGGUGGCUCCUGCCUGUACAUAGCCCUCUGCCUGUGGCACGCCACGCUUUCACAGAGCUCUGUAGCACACUGAAUGGGGGUGAUGUGACCAGGUUACUGUUGUAGUCUAUGACUAUGUCCCUUAUCUCUUUCUCCACAACUUUAUUAGUGAUAGGAAGGUGCUGCCCUUUCACCUUUUAUGUCAAGGCAGCCAGGAGCACAGAGUACAAGGAAAGGAAGCUUUUCAGCACAAAAUUACCAGCAGUUUGGAAAACCGAAGAGGCUUAUCUGCUACUCCAGAUAACUCUUUCCAUUUUGGAUGCAAGCUGUUACCAAACACAACCUCGGGAUCUUGUGUGAGUCUUUUACAGAGCUCCCCAAAGGAUGUGUAAUCAGUGUGUUACAAAAGAGUUGGAUCAAUGAUGAUAAAUGAUCCCUGGAUUCAUAACCUGUGUGUGCCAGGCUGUGCUCAGCCUUUGGAGUGAAACCUGUCAGCCUGACAAUCAGGGAUUGACACAUUCCUGUCUGCUGGGAGACACCUCACAGGCGAGCAGGGCUGUGGUACAGCCCAGAGCUGGAGAUUGGUGAAGGAAAGAGGAAAAAGGGAAAGAGAAAGAGAAAAAAGGGAAAGGGGAAAGGAGUAAUAAUGGAAUAGUGAUUUUCUAAUGAUAAUUGCUUAUGUAUAAAUUCUGUAGGGGAAAAGGGAAAAUUGCACUAUGAACUUCAGAAAGAAAUUGUGGUGCUUUGCCACUGUAAGUGAAGUGAAAUGAAGUGAAUGGCUAUUUAUAAAAAGAAAUACUAUUUUGACCUGUACAAAUUCAUUUCUACCAUAUAGUUUCAGGGCAGCUAUUAACAGGGCUAGCAGAACCUAAAAAAUUACAAAAUAAACUAUAAGGGAAAAAAUGACAGAGCACCUAUCCUGACAUUCCUUAAUGGUCAUCAUUAAAUAGAGCAGAUUUUGAGGAUCAGAGAAAAUAGACAUUUCUUGUUCAGGGAAGAACUCUGGGUUUUGUAUAUCAAUGCCAUUAUUUUUCUACAAACUGGGGUAUUUUUUUGCAAGCACUUUCCUGUACAAUGUUUCCUUUCUUUCUGCUUAUACCCAAAAGGAAAUGAGAAUACCUGUAUGACAUGUCUGUAUGGUCUUGCUGCAUUUGCCAUCAUAUUUCAAUACCUGUGUCCUACAAUAGAGGCAAAAUACUUUGUACACAAGGGAAUAAUACAUUUAAUGGUAAACAUUGUUUUCUGUGCUCGUGUUUGAUUGUCCCAUGCAAAAGGAAUGAGGGAUGGGAAGAAUGCUGUUUUUGUGGAGCCCUGCCCCAAACCUAUGUUGGAGUCUGUGGACCAGGGACCACCUUGGAGAAUGGCCAUGACCACCCACUUAUGUCCUGAUGGUUGGAGAGGCUGAUGCUCCCAUAUUUCCGUCCAGAGAGGACUGCUCCAAGGUGCAUAAUAUACAUAAGCACAUCUCAGAGAUGUCCCAUGCAUUGUUCAGACAUGUCUGGUGACUGGCUGGU